GGAUAGCUAAAGAGCCACCAAAAAUAGCUAAAAAAAAAUGAAGUAGAUGCCUUUUACAUUUAGAAUAAUUUGCUAGCUUUUGAAUGUAAUGUAAGGUUAGAAUUAUUGUUUGCAGUGUGUUUGAAAAUUAAAAACAUUAAAAAACUACUAAUUCAUAAAUAAUGUCAUAGGAGAAAAAUUUGAAAAAUGGAUACUUAUGAUAUAUUUAAAAAAUUAAGUCGAGGAGCAAAAUUUCCUAAGAAAACUAACACAGUUCAAGUUCAAGCAAAACAGGAGAAUCCAUUUGAGGUUAAAAUUGAAACAAAACCAGUAAAGUUUGCAAAUUCACAAACUCAACAGGAUAACUCAAUUACUUUAUUAAAUGGAUUAAGUACAGAAAAGAGAGGAAAAAAACGUAAAAUAGUAGAUGUUGAGCAAAAGAAGAAAAAUUUAGAACAGGAACAAAUAAAUCACUACAGAAACGUUAAUAACAUUACUGUUGUUGGUCGUCAUGUGCCAGAACCUUGUAAAUCUUUCAAUGAUUUUAAUGUGGAUGAAGAUAUUAUUGAGAACCUGAAAACAUGUGGCUUUGAAGAACCUACACCAAUUCAAAAACAAGCUGUACCUCUAAUGUUAGAGGGGAGACAGAUUUUGGCAUGUGCUCCGACAGGUUCUGGAAAGACAGCUGCAUUUUUGGUUCCAAUAAUAGAUGCAUUAAAAGGUCCACAACGACAGGGUUUUAGAGCAUUAAUCCUAUGUCCAACGAGAGAAUUGGCCAAACAAACACAAAGGGAAUGUGGGAGACUGUCAGAAGGCAGAGGAUUCAGAGUACAUAUCAUCAGCAAAAUUAAAAAGGCUUUGACGCAAUAUAAUCCAAAUGGUUCACAGAAAUAUGAUAUACUAGUAACUACGCCAAAUCGUCUGUGUUAUUUGCUUAAACAAGAUCCUCCAGGUAUAUCUUUAAGGAAUGUAGAGUGGCUGAUUAUAGACGAAGCAGAUAAGUUAUUUGAAUCGGGAGUAAGAGGUUUUAGAGAGCAAUUAAAUGAUAUUUUAAAAGCAUGUGAUAAUCAGAAAAGAAAAAUCGCUAUGUUUAGUGCUACUUAUACUCCAGUUGUUGCAAAAUGGUGUGUACACAACAUGAAGGGGCUGGUAAGGAUCACUAUAGGUCAUAGGAAUGCAGCUACAGAUUCGGUAGAACAAGAACUUUUAUUUGUUGGCAAUGAGCAGGGAAAAUUACUAGCUUUUAGAGAUUUGGUCAGAAAAGGUUUAAGUCCUCCAGUCUUAAUAUUUGUUCAGAGUAAAGAAAGGGCACAACAAUUAUUUAAUGAACUAAUAUAUGAUGGAAUUAAUGUUGAUGCGAUACAUUCAGAUAGAACUCAGCUACAGAGAGAUAACACAGUUCGAAGUUUCCGCGAAGGUCGCAUUUGGGUGUUGAUUUGUACAGAGUUAAUGGCACGAGGUGUCGAUUUUAAAGGUGUCAACUUGGUAAUAAAUUACGAUUUUCCACCUUCUGCAAUUUCAUAUGUGCACAGAAUAGGCCGAGCAGGACGAGCUGGAAGAAAAGGAAAAGCUAUUACAUUUUUUACUUCUGAUGAUACAACUAAUUUGCGAAGUAUUGCACAUAUCCUUAAAGAAUCCGGUUGUGAAGUUCCACCAUAUAUGUUGGCAAUAAAAAAAUUACCAAAAUCGAAAAGGAAAAAGGUUCAAGCUGGUGCUCCUAAAAGAGAGGAAAUUAUUACAAAACCCCUAUAUGACAGGUUAAAAGGAGGCAAGAGGGAAAAGUUUAGAGAAAUAAAUAAUAGACUCAAAGAAAAAAGGAAACAUCUAAAUAAAAAUAAACCAAAAAAGAAAAUAUCUAGUUCUACUAAAGAGGAUUUAAGUGAAAGUGAAUAAAUUUAAAUGAUUAAAAUAUAUUUGACGAUAUUUAGUAGUUUUAUUUAUGUUUUUACUACUAAAACUGCCACUUUAUUGUUCACCAGUGAAAAAAGUCACCUACUUAUUUACCUUAAUCAGUUCUGACGUAAGACGAUAUACCUAACUACAUUAAGAGCAAAUUGUCUGUUGAUGAGAAUAUGUUGUUAUGAAAUUUG